UUUAAAACUGCUCCGGUAUUUUGAACGUCGGGAUUAUUACCGGGACAUCACUGCCAGAGGGAGAAGAGUCUUUUCGGGGGCGGGUGCUAGGCUUCCCGUGCUCAGGAUGGAGGCUUUGUUACAAGGAAUGCAGAAGAAGAAGAUGAUGGGAGCACUGUUUGGUUCCUGUGAAGCUGAACUGCAAGAACUGAUGAGGCAGAUCGAUAUAAUGCUGGAGCACAAAAAGUCUGAGUGGGAAGCCCAUACCGAGACCCUCAACACUCUUCUACAGCUCCGAGAUCAGGAGCUCAGCGCUGCUAGGACACGAGAAGAACGUCUGAGCCAAGAGAUUAGGUCUCUGAGAAAGCAGCUGACAGAGCAAGAGGAGAACAAUCGCAGCAAGACGGCGGAGUACGAGUCCCAGCUGGCACGCUUUCAGGACGAGUUGAACAAAUUGAAAAAAACCUAUGAAAGAGUACAGAGAAGACACCAGAGGAUGGAGAUGAAAAGCAGUGGUGAAGAAGACAGGUCAGAAGUCAGUCGGUUGGCACGCAGGCUUGAGGAAUUCCGCCAAAAGUCUUUAGAUUGGGAGAAGCAGCGUCUUUUGUAUCAGCAGCAGGUAGCUGCACUGGAAGCUCAGCGCAGGACCUUGGCUGAACAAACUGAAAAAUAUCAGGAAGAGUCUCAGAGCCGAAAACAUAUGUUGGAACAAACCAGUUUGGCCGGUCGUUCAGAGCUCCAGCACCUCAGUGGUCAGCUAGUACGUGUUAAUGACAGUCUAUAUGCCAAAGAAGAAGAGCUUGAAAGUCUGAAAUUGCAGCUGGAGACGGCUACGACAGGGCGAGAGAGAGCAGAGCGUGAACUUGAGCAAGCUCGGCAGACAAUAAAGGUUCUCCAGGAGGAGAAGGCAGAGCUGAGAGCAACCAUUCAAGCUCAUACAGAUUUCCUGGAAGGUUCGAAAGCCCAGAAAGAUGAGCUUUACAGAGAGGUGCGGAGAGUGAGUGAUCUGCUGAGGGACAAGGAGAACAGCAUCAGAUCUCUAGAAGAAAGACUAAAACUGACAAAACUAUCAGAUGGGCACACAGAGAUAGAAGUGCUGCGCUCUCAGCUCUCAAUCAGCCGUUUGAAUGAGCAGAGAUUGCAAGAAGGAGUGACCCGUUUAGAGGACCAUGUCAGGUCAGUGACCCUCCAGAGUCAGCAGUUCACUCAAGAAAUAAAGGGCAUGGCUGAAUCACGACACCUACUAGAAGAGGAGCACAAGAAAUGCUGGACGGAGAUUAAAAAACUUAGGAGCCAGCUAACCCAGGCUGAACUGUCCUACAGCAGCGUUCUGGAUGGGAUGAAGAAGGAGAUUUCUCAGCUGACAGAGGAGCUGCACCAAAAAGAUAUUGGCAUUGCUUCCAAGGACUGGGAGCGGAAGCUUCAGGCUGAGAGAGAGAGAGCGGAUAGAGAAGCAGCCGAGCAUAAAGUUUUGCUGGCAGCUGUGAAAACCUUACGGGAGGAGAACCGGCAGCUGACUGAGAUGUUGGAGAAACAAGAGCCAGAUGUACGACUGGCUUUAGAUAACCUGGAAUGUGAAAAUCAGAGUCUACAGAAUGAAUUGUCGCAGGCGAGGAGAAAUCUGGAGCUUGUUCUGCACACGAGACAGUCUGAUAUCCACAGCGCAGUGGAGGGGAGAACACAGGAGCUGUUAGGUGGACAUAAAGAGGAGCUGAAAGCACUGAAUGAGCAUCUGAAUGAAGUGUCACAGCGGUAUGAGGACCUACAGCGAUCAGUGUACGCUAACCAGAAAGCUGCCUGUGUUCUGCAAGGGUUAAGUAGGACCGGUUCCCUGGAGUCAGUGUCUUCUGAACCCUUCAAGGUUGAUGAUGGAGAUGCUGAAGAUUCCCACCAAGGGGCACAGUUCCCACUGCCACCCUCAACCCCACCAAACACCAUAGCAUCAAGGUUCCUUCAGGAGGAAGAACUCCGGUCACAGGACCUUAUUCAGCGGCUGGACUCUCACAUCGAAGAGUUAAAGCAAGAAAGUCAGCGGACAGUGCAGCACUUCACCAAAUUGAGAUGACAUCAUAAAGCAGUGGUCUCCAGCCUGUGAUGGCUCUCCUGCUGUUGCAGACCUUCUACACCUGCCAUGCCUUAUCAGCCCCAGGGAAUUCUGGGAAGUCAGGGCUUUCUGCAGUUUUGCAAUAGCUGCAGAGCCACCAGUUGUAGACCACUGUUACAGUGAAUGGAAUGGACUGUGUAAGUGUGGGUGCGGGUUCUUUUUUUCUCCACAAGAUGGCAGUGACUAGACAGUCCCACGAUUUGUAUUUUAUGUUGAUGCUCUAGUUCUGUUAUGAGUUUUGCUGCUGUUUCCUUUUUGUCCCCUUCAAAUGAAACCUUUAAAGGGAUUAUCCGGGUUCAGAGCUGAACCCAGACAUACCCUUAUUUUCACCCCGGCAGCCCCCCUGAGGCAAGCAUCAGAGCA